CCCACUCUUCUCCUCCUCCUCCUCCAUGGACCCCUGCAACAAAUGCGGCUCAACCAAGAGACAGUCCCCUUCGUCUUGGUCUUCCCUCCAACAACCCUCUUCCAAGAGGGCCACACUUCUACCUCCAUCUUCCUCCACCACCACGUUUUCUGGCGACCGCUGCAUUCUUGGCUUCAGUAAACUCCCACUUCCGGCCACUUUCUCUAAUGCAUCAUCAUCAUCCUUAUCGUCCCCUGCUCUUCGCCGGACUAUUUCCGAUCUAAUCAACUCUCCCGGAGCCAGCAAUCUCUCUGAUCAAGCUCAAAUUUCUUUGGGCAGUUUGUUGAAUAACCAGUUGCCGGAGAGUUCUAUGGUCAAUCCUGUGGCUACUUCGCCAUCUGGUCCUCUUUACCGUACAAUCUCUGAUCCCACUUCAGCUUCUUAUCAGGUGGUGACAACCACCACACCGCCUCGGCCUCCAGCAGCAAGAAAAGUCACGUGGUCACCAAGUGCUGGAGAGGCUGGCCUGAAUUUGAAAGAAGAGACUCCUAAUACCAAGAGGCUGAAAAGAAUGAAGGAUAGGCUGAGAGAAAUGAGACAAUGGUGGAAUGAAGUCAUAAAGGAAGGUGAAGAGGAUAGCUGCUCUGAUUCUGAAGAUAAUGACGAUCUUUCAAAGGAUAAUUCUGAAGUGUGCCAAGUUGCCGGAAGUGAAGGAGGACCUUGCGAAGAAGCUGUUUGGGUGGAGAGAAAUGGGGAGUGUCUGAUUCUCCAUUUCAAGUGUCCCUGCGGCAAAGGCUAUCAGAUUCUUCUUACUGGAAAGAGUUGCUACUACAAAUUGACAGCUUUCUGAGCUCGAGAUUUGUUGCUUUCUUACUUCAGAUAGUCUAGCUAUCAAGAAUAACGUUUUCUGAGUGAUUAAAGUUCCAAUCUUUUCUGCACAGUUGCGUAGCAAUAGUUUCUUUUUCAAGUUGGGGUUUAAGAGAAAUUCAUAAAGAUACUCUUAUCUUGUGCAGUUUCAAUUUGUAAGCUCUUCAAAGUUUAUUAGA